AUGGCUCUACCAAAGAAAUUUAUUGAAUUCGCUAAGCAAUCGCCAAUAAACACUUUAAAAUCAUCGAGCGGACAUAAAUUACCUUUGGUUAUCUCAAAACUACCAAAGUUAGAUACCAACAUGCGAGUCGCACAAUCUAGAUGGAAAGGCGUAUCAGACCAGGAUACUUUCUGGACUAUCACUAGGUACAAACUCCGAAAGGAUGUAACCAAGAAAGAGGACGAGCUCAUCAGAGGUGCUAACAAGUACAACUGGAGGAUAAUUGAGUAAUUCUAAUCACUUGCAUUUCUUAACUACGUGUACAAUUAAC